UGCAAAAAAAAUUAUUGAGCUAGUGAGCAAAUGGAUUGCUAAUUUGACAUUAAAUGAACAAACAGAAGAUUCACUUGCGUUUUUAAAUGCAGAUCAAGAAAUGAAAAAUGAGGAUUUUCAACCAUCAGAUGAACCUAUUCAUCCUGAGGCAUCUCUCAAUG